AUGGCCGAAGUCGCUACUCCCGAAGUUCUGUGGGCUCAGCGCUCCUCGGCUACUGACGCUAGCAAGAACUUCAUUCACCUCACCAUUAACGUCCCUGACGUACCCAAGGAGAGCAUUCAGCUCGAUCUGAAGCCCACCAGCCUCACGUUCACGGGAACCUCUGGGACUCUGAAACGCAAGUACCACGUCGAGCUCCCCUUUUAUGCCGAGAUCGACCCCGCAGAUUCCAAGAUCAACCACACAUCCAAAAACAUCGAGAUCAAGGUCCAGAAGAAGGAGUUGAAGGAAGAGUACUGGCCGCGUCUCCUCAAGGAUUCCCACAAGCUCCACUUCCUCAAGACCGACUUUGACAAGUGGGUUGAUGAGGAUGAGCAGAACGAGGCCGCCGACGACGACUUUUCACAGUUUGGCGGCAUGGGUGGCAUGCCAGGAAUGGGCGGUGAUUUCGGCGGCAUCGACUUCUCCAAGCUCGGCGGAGACGCUGGCAUGCCUGACCUUGGUGCGAUGGGCGGCGAGGAAGACGAGGGCGAGGACAGCGGUGACGAAGAUGACAACGACAUGCCUGCGCUGGAAGGUGAAGAGACUGCCGAGAAGGCGGAAACAAAAUAA